GCCUGUCGGGGCCCGUCACCAUCUCGGUGCACGUGGCGGGCGAGGACGCGAGGACGCUCAGCGACUGAUAGUCGAGUACAACUGCAGCAGACAGCAGACAGCCGGGCGUGGAGGCCCCCCGUCCCGCCGUGGCAUGGCCGUAGCCGCAUAGCCCGUGCAUGUUGUGUUGCUAACCGCACCACAGAAGGCUCACGGUGGCUAAAAGAAUCCCCCGUCGUCGGUACCCCGCGCGCAAGCCGCAGGCAGGCGGCGAUACCCCUCGCUGACUCAUGUGCACGCGCGCAGGGAGUAUCGACGGACUAUUCUGCCGAUAAGUGAGUUGCGGUGGCUGUAUUCGCAGGAAACAGCAGCAGACAGCACAGUGCAGCACCUAACCUGCCGACUGGCUGGUCUGCAGAGUAAUAUUUAUGCUCUUUCAAAGAAAUAGUUUUAUGACAGCAAUGUUGCGUGGUAGAUUAUUGUCUGGCCUGAUAAGGCUAUCUUCUUCCUGUGUUGUUCCUUCUCCAGCUCCAUCGAGCUCUGUCAACAGUCCUGAUGUUGACAGUGAUGGAACUAGUGAUGCAAACAAGGAUCUUGCAGUGGACGAAACGUGGAUCCCUUCAAACAACAAGCAUUAUGUUAAAAAGAAAAAGAUUACUCGUCCUCGUUUUGCUAUGCUGCUUUCCUUCCAUGGUUCAAACUAUUAUGGGAUGCAAUUCAAUUCACAUGGCCCUGCAAUUGAAAACAUACUGUUUGAUGCGUUUAUCAAAAUUGGUCUUCUACCUGAGGAGAAAAUACGGGCUGCUAGAUAUUAUCUAGAUUAUCAACGAGCAUCUCGAACAGAUAGAGGUGUAUCUGCUUUGAGGCAGGUCGUUUCAUUAAGAAUAACUAAGGGUUUUAACAUCGAUGGUAUAAAUGAAUUUUUGCCUGAUGAUAUACGUGUCCUUGGAAUUAAACCUGUUGAUAUGAUUUUUGAUGCCCAAACCUGGUGUACUGCCAGAACUUACAGUUAUAUCAUGCCAACUUAUGCACUGCGUUACUUUGACAAAAGUUGGAAUGACUGUCACAAAUAUCGCAUUGAUUCGCUUUCAGUUUUGAAAGCAAGUCAGAUAUUUGAAAUGUUUAGAGGAACUCACCAUUUUCACAACUACACUGAAAAAAUAGAUAUCUGGGAUCAGAGAUCUCAAAGGAAAAUAAACGACACAGAAGUCUCAAAUCCUUUCUUGAUGGGUGAAGUUGAAAUGAUUGAAUUCAAACUUACAGGUCAAAGCUUUAUGCUUCAUCAGAUUAGAAGGAUGAUUGGGAUGGUAAUAGCAAUAAUGCGAGGGAAGGCAACAUUUUCCAUGUUACAAGAAACUUUGGAGCACCCUAUGAUGCCAGCACCUACAGCCCCAGCAUUAGGCCUCCUCUUAGAAAAGCAACAUUUUGAUAGCUACAAUAAGAGUCGUAAGACCACAAUGCCUUUGGAAUGGGAUGAGUAUGAUGAUGAGGUGGAGAAGUUCAAACUGGAAAAAAUAGUGCCAUACAUGGUGAAGGUGGAACUAGAACAAAAGCAUAUGGAGACUUAUUUGGACCGUAAGAUGAGGAGACAUAGUUUUAAAGGAAAUGACUUGAGCUCGAAAAUGCGGCAAGUUGGCAAAUGGGACAACACUGAAGAUUUGGAAAAAUUACUUAAAGGUGAUGAGGAUGACAGUUCGAAAGAAAAGUAAAAUUGGAUAUUAGAAAUAUUUUUAUUAAUAAAAAUGUACACAACUCAUGUCUUAUCUGGCUUAGACUAAAAUGAAA